AUGGCAGGUAUGCUGGCGGCACUGACGAUCUGGCGCGUCAUCUUUUUGCGCGGUUCAUCGAUGCGACGAUAUCCACGAUCUGGAAGCGCGCGCUGCUUGCCAUUCAUCAGCGGCUUCGCCCGUGAUGAGGAUCAUCGGCAUUGCGCCCAGAUGCGCAUAUGCGGCCCGGCUGACAGGUUCAUAGGCGCUGGUCCAGCGUGGCGAGGCAGACGCCGGGCUUGCCCAACCAGUCUGAUGCUGGAGGUCCUGAGCGAUCCCAGCAGAUCGAGGUUCUCUUCGCCGGCACGCCAAAGACACGAUCCACGCCUUCGUUCUCAAGCGCGGCGACGAACAUAUCCGAUCCCUGCCCAUAGCUGGCCCCCCUUUUUCACUGGUGUUUGCGGAACUGCAUCGGCUCCGCUUCGCUAUUCAUCCUGCGACGGCUGUCGCCCGAUCACCCCGCCCCGAUCACCCCGCCGUCCGCAGAACCAGCCUGACACGAUAUCGAAUACUCGGGAUGGCGGGCAAAAACGGCCCAGCAGCGAAAGAGCAGCGCAGAACGAUCUUGCCGCUGCGCGCGCACGCACCGUGUCAAACACGCCCCGUGCGAGCUGGAGAACCCAGCCCCUGACCAGAAUAUUGAAAAGGAACCCGCGCCAGAUUAAGGAUUUUCGCCGCAAGCGGCGGCACCUGCGGUCGCGCAGACUGUUGGGUCUGACGAUUCAGACCGCGAAGCUGCUGUUUCCCUGCUCCGGGGCGGUGUUUUUCAGUAGCAGUGAUGAUCUGUCCAGCCGCUUUCGUUCAGUUUGA